UGCGAGUCGCACGCGCUUUAAAAGUCGAGAUGAGCGCGCGAUGUUCCCCACCUGAGCGAUUUCACACCUCAGCAGCGCGAGCAGGAGCCAGACAGCGCCAGAGCAGGGAGCGUCUCCUCUCCUCCCUCCACGAGGAUGUGGAGAAUGUGAAGAACCUGCAGCAACGCGCUUUCCUUUUUCCCUCUUUAUUACUUUAACAUGGCAUCGGGAGUUAAGAGCGCGUGCGCUGCUGCGCUUCUCCUCGCGUGGAUUGUGCUUUCUAAUCCCGCGAGCGCCUACCUCUACAACAACCGCUAUGUCGGUGAUCAGGUUCUGAGAAUAAUUCCCAGCAGUCCCGGGGAGCUCCAUUAUCUCAAACAGCUUUUUCAGAACAUGACGGUGGACCUCUGGCAGCCCAGCAGCUCUAACCUUAUCCACGAGGGCAAAGCUGUAGACGUCCAUGUGGGACGAGACAGGACAGCACGUCUCAAAAAUCUGCUUAGACGGGCGCACAUUCAGCAUGAACUGCUUAUUACUGAUGUACAGAGGGAAAUGGAGAAACAGACGGGGUAUCGGUCAAACAGAAAGCGCCGAUCAGUGUUCCAGUACGAUUAUGAAGUGUAUCAUCCUCUGGAGGAGAUCCAGAGUUGGAUGUUUGAAAUGAACCGGACACACCCACACCUGGUGGACCUGUUUUCUAUUGGACGGUCCUACGAAGGACGGCCUCUUUAUGUGCUCCAGUUAGGAAACCGAGUUCGGACCAGUAAGAAGGCCGUGUGGAUGGACUGCGGUGUUCAUGCGCGGGAAUGGAUCGGCCCUGCCUUCUGUCAGUGGUUUGUGAAGGAAGCUUUGAACUCCUAUCAGCACGACUCCAGCAUGAGGCGACUGCUAAAGCAGCUGAACUUCUACAUCAUGCCCGUCUUCAACGUGGAUGGAUAUCACUACAGCUGGAAAAGUGAUCGCUUUUGGAGGAAAACCCGAUCCAAAAAAGCCAAGUACCACUGCCGUGGUGUCGAUGCCAACCGAAACUUUAAAGUGAAGUGGUGCGAAGAAGGCGCCUCCACACACCCUUGUGACGACACCUACUGUGGCCCGUUCCCCGAGUCCGAGCCCGAGGUGAAGGCCGUCUCCAGGUUCCUGCGCAAGCACAAGAAACACAUGAGGGCUUAUAUAUCCAUCCACGCCUACGCUCAGAUGCUCCUCUAUCCUUACUCCUACAAAUAUGGCACCAUCCCUAAUUUUGACUGUGUGGAAACAGCAGCUCAGAGUGCUGUGAGUGCCCUUUACUCCGCAUACGGAGUCAGAUACAGAUACGGCCCUGCCUCCACCACACUGUACGUAAGCUCAGGAAGCUCUAUCGACUGGGCCUACAAGAAUGGCAUCCCCUAUGCUUUCGCCUUCGAGCUGCGUGAUACAGGUCAUUACGGUUUCCUCUUGCCAGAGGCCCUGAUUGGUCCCACCUGCACCGAGACUAUGAGGGCAGUAAGGGCCAUCGCCUCGGGCCUGCUGAAGAAAUGCGCCGGAUGAAGAAAUAUCACUCUGCUCCUCUCUCUCUCUCUCUGUCUCUUUCUCUAUCCUUCCCUGUGUGCCCCGAGCUCCAGCUCUGAGCGCUAACCUGUGCAUGCUGGCUGUUUCCACCAUGCCAAAAUAUGCUACGUGUAUGUCCAGGAAAGCUGACGCUGGAAUAAUGCGCUGGAGAUUUGGCUGGAGAACUUAAUGUUGCUUUGCAAAAAAAAAAACAAACCUGUAUACUUAAUAAUUUCUAUCAUGCAGCGAUUUUAGUGCCUGUACCUCAUCAUCAGUUGUCAGCGAAAUGUAAUGUUGCCUUAAAUCGAUGCACUUUUUGAGAAGUGUCUCUGUUUGUGAAACCUAGUACAGCUGUCGAGACAAAACCAGACCACUUUGAGCACUUGCCAAAAUAAGAACCUCACGUCAAUACAGUAUGUAAGAACACAGACCAAAGAGUGUAAAUAUUGUAUACUUGUUUUCUAUAUACAUAUAUUUUUUAUAAUCUCUGGAUGUCUAUGUAACAGAACUAAAUCUAGACUGUAGCUGGGUUUAAUGUGAAAUAAGCUGAAAUGAUCCUUAUUGUAUUACAGUUAUGUGAUAUGUAAUAAAUGUGUAUUAUACUAUAUACUAUAACUUUUUGGUUAGAUUUUCUUUUUAAAAAAACUAGCCUUAAUGAUAUUUUUACAGGGUACUUAAGCAGAGGUGAGAAGUGACAAAAGUAGAAUUACUUUUGUUACUGUACUUAAUAAUAACAUUAACGUUAGCUAACGUUACUUAAUAAUAACUUACUGUACUUAAUAAUAAUAAUAAUGCUAUAAAAUUUUGUUUAUUUUUGGUUUUCGUUUUCAUUCCUGUUCGGCUCAUUUCGAUUUCUAAUCCCUGAUUUAAAUUCCUAAUUUUAACAGAUGUAAGAGCAAGAAUGAGACCCAAUCACUUGUAUUGUAACAGCCAGCUAUUAGCAUUCAAAUAGUUUAUAUGGUUAUUAUCAUCCUAGCUAAGAUUUAAGGAAUUAGCAAUAAAGCUGUUGUUCGUUA